CCUCGCCGGUUCUGCGUCUUAUAGAUACAAAGGAAAUUUACUUGCCGAACACCUUCCUUCCCUGUCCCAUUAGAUCUCAGCUUCGUUUCUCCACGCUCCACCGUUGUCUCAGCGACUCUGCUAUUGUCUUCUUCUGCCGGAUUUCAGGAUAACGAACCAGAGAGUUGAUUUUCCAGUUCAAAACAUGCCGGCUCAAAAUGGUAUUGACAUGGAGGAGGGAACUCUGGAGAUUGGCAUGGAAUAUAGAACUGUUUCUGGAGUUGCAGGGCCUUUGGUGAUCCUUGACAAAGUCAAGGGACCCAAGUACCAGGAGAUUGUUAAUAUUCGUUUAGGUGAUGGAACUACCCGACGUGGACAAGUUCUGGAAGUCGAUGGGGAGAAAGCUGUUGUUCAGGUUUUUGAGGGAACUUCUGGAAUUGACAACAAAUAUACAACGGUGCAAUUUACUGGGGAGGUUUUAAAAACUCCAGUCUCCUUGGAUAUGCUUGGUCGCAUUUUUAAUGGUUCUGGGAAACCAAUUGACAAUGGUCCUCCUAUUCUUCCCGAGGCUUACUUGGACAUUUCUGGAAGUUCUAUCAAUCCCAGUGAGAGAACCUAUCCUGAAGAAAUGAUUCAAACAGGAAUUUCAACAAUUGAUGUCAUGAAUUCAAUUGCUAGAGGGCAAAAAAUUCCCCUCUUCUCUGCUGCUGGUCUUCCUCAUAAUGAAAUUGCUGCACAGAUCUGUCGCCAGGCUGGUUUGGUGAAGCGGCUGGAGAAAUCUGAAAAUCUUCUUGAUGGUGGUGAAGAGGACAAUUUUGCCAUUGUCUUUGCAGCUAUGGGAGUGAACAUGGAAACAGCUCAGUUUUUCAAACGUGAUUUUGAAGAAAAUGGAUCUAUGGAGAGAGUGACCCUUUUCCUGAACUUGGCUAAUGAUCCUACUAUUGAACGUAUUAUUACUCCUAGGAUUGCUCUGACAACUGCAGAAUACUUGGCAUAUGAAUGUGGGAAGCAUGUUCUUGUGAUAUUGACAGAUAUGAGUUCAUAUGCUGAUGCUCUUCGUGAGGUAUCUGCUGCUCGAGAAGAAGUUCCUGGAAGGCGUGGAUAUCCUGGUUAUAUGUAUACAGAUCUGGCAACAAUCUAUGAACGAGCUGGACGUAUUGAAGGAAGAAAAGGUUCCAUCACACAAAUUCCAAUUUUGACCAUGCCUAAUGAUGAUAUUACCCAUCCAACUCCUGAUUUGACGGGUUAUAUCACAGAAGGACAAAUAUAUAUUGAUAGACAGCUUCAUAACCGGCAGAUAUACCCACCAAUCAAUGUGCUUCCAUCCUUGUCUCGUUUGAUGAAGAGUGCUAUUGGAGAGGGUAUGACUAGGAGGGAUCACUCAGAUGUUUCAAACCAGCUAUAUGCAAAUUAUGCCAUUGGGAAGGAUGUCCAAGCAAUGAAAGCUGUGGUUGGAGAGGAAGCACUUUCUUCUGAGGACCUGCUAUACCUAGAGUUUCUAGACAAAUUUGAGAGGAAGUUUGUUACCCAAGGAGCAUAUGACACCCGCAACAUCUUUCAGUCACUUGAUUUAGCAUGGACACUCCUCCGAAUCUUCCCUAGGGAGCUUCUACACCGUAUCCCAGCAAAGACCCUGGAUCUAUUUUACAACAGGGAUGCUACUAGUUGAUGAGCAAGAGACCAGAUUUGUACUCUAGUCCCCCGGUGUGAUUUGAGCAUCUUGAGAUGUUUUAUGCACGUUUUCCUUGCUAGGUUGCCCAUCUCUAGCUCCUCCGAGUUCAAUAAAGAAAGCCUCUAAAUUGAGUUCUCAAAACCUAGUAUCUCCAGCAUUCAAGAGACAAUUCAUAUUUUUUUAAUGGUUCAUGUAUUUUAUAUUUUUGUUAUCCAAAAUGUGGCAUGACAGGUGGUUGGUUUUGCAUUUGUAUUACUCCAUUUGUCUAAGUUAUUUUUGGGGCUUUUAGAAACUAGGAGCUAGUAAUAACAAGUACUUUACGAUUUGUUUGUGUUUAUCUAGGCAUCAUUCUUUCCGU